AUGGAAGCUGUUGUUCGAGAAGCCCCAAUGGGGCAGUUGAUCAGAUGGUUGACUAAAAACAAAUACUUUCAAUAUCCCGAAGAAAAACCCGGCUUCGAACUCCCCGAGACAUGGGUACAAGUUAUGCAAAAUCUCGACGCUCCAAAUCCCAAGCCCAAAGAGGAAAGACAAAACUCAGAUCAAAGCGAUGUUAUCAGUCACACCUCAACUCUACAAGAGGACCGUGAAAUGAAUGUUCAGGAUCUUGAGAAGGUCAAGUCUAUCCCGAUCACUCCGAAGAAGACAAAGGAUGGGGCGAUUCUUGUGGAUUGGUACUAUACCGACGACGCCGAGAAUCCCCAUAACUGGUCUAAUUUGAAGCGUGGCUUACUUGCGACCAUAAUCUGUCUGUACACUUUUGUCGUGUAUACAACAUCCGCCAUCUACACAGCCUCGGAACAAGGUAUUAUGAAAGAUUUCGGGGUCAGCGAGGUGGUUGUCACUUUGGGCUUGUCACUUUAUGUUCUUGGUUAUGGUACCGGGCCAUUAAUCUUCUCACCACUGAGUGAGAUCCCCGUCAUUGGAAGAAACCCAGUCUACAUCAUCACCAUGUUCCUCUUCGUCAUUAUAUCGAUUCCAACAUCUUUGGUCGGUAACUUUGCCGGUCUGAUGGUAUUGCGUUUCAUUCAAGGAUUCUUCGGUUCGCCAUGUCUUGCAUCAGGAGGUGCUUCCAUUGGUGAUAUGUACAGUCUGAGUGCUUUGCCAUAUGCUAUGAUGGCAUGGGUUGCCGCUGCGUACUGUGGACCCGCUCUUGGCCCCCUCCUCAGUGGAUUUGCUGUCCCAGUCGAGUCAUGGCGUUGGUCUCUCUUCAUUUCUAUUUGGGCCUCUGCUCCAGUCUUCAUCAUUAUGCUUCUUUUCCUCCCCGAGACCAGCACCCCGACCAUUCUGCUCCGACGCGCAAACCGCCUUCGAAAGAUUUAUAACAACAAGCGCUUCAUGUCACAAUCUGAAAUCGACCAGCAUAACAUGCGCGUCUCGGAUAUUGCCGUGGACGCUUUGAUCAAGCCCAUGGAGAUCACGAUCAAAGAUCCUGCCGUGCUCUUCGUCCAAAUCUACACCGCAAUCAUCUACGGCAUCUACUACUCAUUCUUCGAAGUCUUCCCUCUAGUCUAUCCCGUUGACUACCACAUGAACCUCGGUCAAGUUGGCCUUGUCUUCCUCUGUAUCCUGGUAUCCAGCAUGAUCGGCAUUGCAGUGUACUUUUCCUACCUAUACUUCUGGAUGGACCCUCGAAUCGCACGCUUCGGCUGGCCUGAACAGGAAACUCGAUUGAUCCCCGCUCUACCGGCAUCCUUUGGCCCCACGAUCGGUCUCUUCCUCUUCGCCUGGACGGCCCGAACGUCCAUCCAUUGGAUCGUACCGACAAUCGGCAUCACUAUCUACGGCGCAACCGUCUUCAUCGUGAUGCAAUGUAUAUUCGUCUAUAUUCCGCUAUCAUAUCCGAAGUACGCUGCCAGUCUGUUCGCAGCCAAUGAUUUCUUCCGAAGUGCCCUGGCCUGUGGCAGUGUAAUGUUUGCCCAUCCUCUGUUUGGAAAUCUGGGUGUCGCAAGGGGUACCAGUCUUCUUGGUGGACUGAGUGUUAUUGGAAUUAUCGGAAUUUGGCUGCUUUAUUUCCAUGGCUCGAAGCUCCGAGCUAUGAGCAAGUUCGCUGAAUACACGGAAGCUACGGAGGCUACGGAGGAAGAGUAG